AGUCUCACAGACACACACACCAUUACAGCAAAGCAGAGCAGGUGCAAAAGCUCUCAAGAACUAGCUAGCAAAAGGCAAGAAGCUCCGAGCUGAGGACCGGAGAAACGUACAAGAAAGAACAGCAGAAACAAUGAGGCCAGGAGCAGGGUUCAAUGCGACGGCGGCUGCGGCGGCGAAGGUCGCCGCGGUCGCACCAGCGGUCGCCGGCAGCGCCGCGGCGCAUUCCGCCUGGCACUCGCCGGUGCCGUACCUCUUCGGCGGGCUGGCCGCGAUGCUGGGGCUCAUAGCCUUCGCGCUCCUCAUCCUCGCGUGCUCCUACUGGAAGCUCUCCGGGUACCUGGAGGGCGGCGCUGGCCGAGGCGACGGCGACGGCGACGGCUCCGGCGCCGACGGCGCCAAGCCGGCGGCCUCGGACCUGCCGCCGCCGAUAUGGGAGGAGAAGAUACUGGUGAUCAUGGCCGGGGAUGUGAAGCCGACGUACCUGGCCACGCCCAUGUCGAGCAGGGCGUCCUCCUUCGGAGACCGCAGCAGCAAGGGUGACGAGGAGGAGACCAAGAAGGUGCAAGAAGUCGCCAUGGCCAGCAUCGUCAAGGAUGCCGAGCAGAAUGGUGAGCACAGUGAGAGCAGGAGAGAAGGAGAGGAGCACCGCAUUCCUGAGGUGUGAUCUUCACUUUUUGAAGAAUUUUAGUUUAGGUUUGUUUUGGGUUUUCGAUCGGUGGAGUGGAAUGAUCGAUGAUGGCCAGAACAGGGCAGAACAUUUUUUGUCUUGGUUUGUUGCUCAGAGUCAGAGAAGCUGAGCGCUUUAAUUUGUGACGCUGGAAACCAUGCAUCUCCAAGAGAACCCCGACCCAAGCAAAAUUUUGUGGGGUUGUCAAUUUUUGCAAUGAAAUGAUGAACUGAAGAACGGGACUGAUGAGACCGUAAUUUUGCUCAGUUA